AUGUGCAUGGAUCAGGGUGGUUUUGAUCCGCUCGUCAAAGUACAGGCACCGGAGCUAGAUAGACGGCGCGACACUGUUGACUCCCACACCAUGCCAAAAGGCACAAGGUCGGACGGGAAGGCAAGUCGCGCUGGACGAGUACCGGCUGCCGGCGACAUCUCCCUCCCCCACCAACCGUUCGUCGGAAUACACCCUCGUAGAUCUAAUACGUAUCUCUCAUCUAGUGUCAACCACGGUUUUUUGUCACCGUAUUCCGAACCACGGCCUCUCCGGCAUUGA